AUGAACCCAACCGACCCCAGCCCCCCGCCCGGUGACGCGCGCUGGAACCUCUCGACGCUGCGCAGCGAGGGGCGGGAGCCAGGCGCACGACGGCGGAAGAUCGCAGGGUAUUUGCGCGCGGCGAACGAGCUGCGGCAGACGUAUCAGAGCAGCUACGGCGGGGGGUGGAAUGGGGAGGGGGGGAUGGAGGACGGGGUAGAGGGGGGGCAUCCGGGGCAUGGGGCGGUGGUGGCAAGGGCGGGGGAGAGAAUGGUGGUAUUUCCGAGUUAUGCGCGGAGGCAUGUAAGGGGGAGGGAGAAGCGGGAGGAGGGGGGAGGGGUGGAGAAGCAGGAGAGGGAGAGUGGGAAGGGGGAGGGUGAUCCGCAGGAGGAGUUUUGGAGACAGAGGUGGGAUCAGUAUGAGGAUAACAACGCGGUGGUGGACGUCGAUGUGCGCGGAUGGAUCUACUCGCCGCAGCGGGGACCGUUGACGCGGAAGCAGAGGCUGUUCGUUGGGUUGGCGAGGCAGCUGGUCGGGUUGCAGGCGCCGACGCCCGAGGGGCAGGAGGGUGCGAGGAGCAGAGGGCCGAGCCCGGGGAGGGGGGCGCGGACGGACGAGGAGAUCGUGCGGCAGGAGGCGAAUGCGAUCAUGAAGAAAGGAGAGGAGGAGGCGAAGCGCGCGGACCGGGGAGAGUAUAGCGAGAGCGCAAGACGGCCGGAGAUCAAGAAGCAUGGAGGGACGGAGUCGCCGCGGGAGGAGAGCAGGGAGAAUGUCAACGCGGUGCAGAAGCGUGAGGCGUGGAAUCAGCCGGCGCAGAUGAGCAAGGAGGAGUUGGCGAUUGCGAACGAGAACCUGAUGGCGCGGUUGAAUCCAUUCAUGGCGAACCCGAUGCAGAACCUACCCGUUUCGGCGUUCUUCUACAACGACGACGUAUCAAGACAACGGACCGUGUACACCGACGCUGCCGGACAUUUCGCGCUGAGAGCAGCUCUUGACUUCAUUCCGACCCACGUGCGCAUCUUAGCCGGCGAGAACCUCUCCGCCACGACCGGAAUCCGCGUCAUCGAGCCUCACGGCGUCAGUCUCAUCAGCGACAUCGACGACACCAUCAAGCACACCGCCAUCAACUCCGGCGCCCGGGAGAUCUUCCGCAACGCGUUCAUCCGCGACCUCUGCGACCUUACCAUCAAGGGCGUCCGCGAAUGGUACGACCGCCUCUUCGACAUGGGCGUCAAGUUCCACUAUGUCUCCAACUCCCCCUGGCAGCUCUUCCCGGUCCUCGAGAGCUUCUUCGCGAACGCCGGGCUGCCGCCCGGCUCGUUCCAUCUGAAGCGGUACAGCGGCAUGCUUCAGGGGAUCUUCGAGCCGGUGGCGGAAAGGAAGAAGAGCUCGUUGGACCGGAUCGCGCAGGACUUCCCUGAGCGUCGGUUUAUUCUGGUUGGAGAUAGCGGGGAGGCGGAUCUCGAGGUGUAUACGGAUUUUGUGCUCGAGAACCCCGGGAGGGUGCUCGCUAUCUUUAUUCGAGAUAUCACGACGACAACGUCCCGCGGAUUCUUCGAUCCUUCGGUGAACAAUCCCACCAGCAGCACUGGGAAACCAAAUUCGGGAUCUAGAAAUAGCUGGUUGGCUUCUUCCAACGCUGCCGAGGACGAUGACCCGCAUUUGAGAGCCGCUAUUCAAGCGUCGCUGAAAGACGUCGAGGACGAAGCGGCUUCGCCCAAUGCGCUACCUCGAAGACCAAGUGCUCCAGGUGCUCCACAAUCAACUCAAGUGCGUAAUAUUGGAGAUCUGAUCGACUUAAGCGAUCCCGAUCCAAAUGAAGCGCAGCACAGGUCCUCACCGGGUGGUCUCCAUAGGGCCAAUACCGCGGAUUUACUAUGGGAACUCUCUCCCACGGAUCAAGGGAAGCGGAAUGGAAGGGCACCGCCUCCAAAGCCUCCAGCGAAACCUACCAAACUCCGUGGCGCUUCAGUCACGCAUGAGACCACCCCAUCUCCCGCUCAGGAAUUUUUUCCACGAAAGCCACUCCCUCCACCGCCACCGAAGCCUCGACGACUAUCUAGCACUGGAAAGACCCCACCACCCACCAAACUAUCCGUUUCCAAAUCUCCUUCCAAGCCCGCACCUCCCAAACAACCCCGUCCCACCCCUCCCGAACAAUCCCACCCAGACAACCAAAGCUACGUCUCCCUCGCCAAACAAAAACUUACCACCACCUACAACCACAUCCCUUCGCUAUACCCAUCCGGCCCACCCCACAGCACCACCGGCUCUCGCACCCCGCCCGCACCACCUCCCCAUUCUUCAUCCUCCACCCUCUCCGUCCAUUCCUCCACCAGCAACCCCACGAUCCCCCACGAUCCCUCACCCACGCAUAACCCCGGGCAAGAGGCGCAGCAGGGAAAUAAGCGGGAGCAGCUGUGGCGGGUGAGGUGGGCGAGGGCGGAGCAGACGUUAAGAGAGAGGGGUGGUGGGGUGGUGUUGAGGAGGUGGAGGGAGGGUGGGGAUGUGGUGGGGGAGUGUAUAAAGGUUGUGCAGAGGGCGGCGAGAGAGGAGAGGUGA